AUGGAAUGUGCCAAGAACAACAGGCCGUGGCUCGUCCAGAAGUAUGGUGGUACGAGUCUGGGGAAGCUCCUCGAGUCGAUCUGCAGCAAGAUCAUCCCAUCUCACCUGCGAGACUACAACCUCGUUGUUGUGUGCUCGGCUCUCUCGGGUUCCACCAAGGCGAGCGGCACCACAAGUCUCCUGCUCGAGUGCAUAGCUCAUGCUGAGGCUGGUCUGUCGGCCCAGGCGCAGCUAAACAGGACCAUCGACGCCGUACGGGAUGGCCAUGUGCGGCUUCUCGAGAAGCACCUCGUCAACUCCAACGGGACGAGGAGCGAUCUAUGCCACGACAUCUUCGACACCACCAAGACCGUCAUUGUCAAGGAGUGCGAGAGCCUCCGCCGGUUCCUGCUGGCGGCGCAGAUCAUCGGGGAGCUGUCCCCCAGGGCGCAGGACCGCGUCAUCUCACUCGGGGAGAAGCUGGCGUGCAGGGUCGUGGCGGCGUUCCUCAACAGCAAGGACGUCCCCGCCGAGCCGGUGAUCCUCGAGGACAUCAUUGAAUCCGUCUUCGGGAGCAGCGUCUUUGACCAGAAGACGGCGCUCGACGGCCUCGGCCCCAGGUUUUACCACCUCGUCGCGGACGAGAUCGCUAAGCGGAUACGCGGCUGCGGCGACUGUGUCCCCAUCGUCACGGGCUUCUUCGGCAUCAUGCCUGACUCGCUGCUCAAGUCCGUCGGCCGCGGGUACUCGGACCUCUGCGCCGCCAUGUGCGCGGUCGGGACCGAGGCGGCGGAGCUGCAGAUCUGGAAGGAGGUGGACGGCAUCUUCACGGCGGACCCGAGAAAGGUCCCCUCGGCGAGGCUGCUAUCGACCGUCACCCCUGAGGAAGCGACGGAGCUGACAUACUACGGGAGCGAGGUCAUCCAUCCCCUGACGAUGGACCAGAUACGCUGCGCCAACAUCCCGCUGAGGCUAAAGAACGUCUUCAAUCCGACUGGCGCGGGCACCAUCAUUUACCCGACGCGGACGCCGUCGCCGCCUCUCACGCCGCCCACGCCGACGGACGAAAAGGUCGACGUGAAGGUGCCGCUCCCCACCAUUGACUUCAUGCUAGGGAACGGGUACCACGGCGCGCAGCAGGAGCGGCGGCGGCCGACGGCCGUCACCGUCAAGGACGACAUCUUACUGGUCAACGUCGUGUGCAACAGGAACACCAAGUCGCAGGGGUUCCUCUCGGGCGUCUUCGACCGGCUCGAGGACGCGGGGAUCCAGACGGACCUCGUGACGACGAGCGAGCGGAGCGUGAGCCUCGCGUUUCAGCAUUCAGAAGAAGGUUCGUGUCGGCAGCAGCGGUUGCGAGUCGAGUUGGAGAAGUUUGGAAAGGUGAGGCCCGGCCCCCGGAGACCUGGUGCAUGCACGAUCAAGGUCGUCAUCACGGAGAACAUGUCGAUUGUGACCGUCGUCGGGCACAAGAUGCGGAACAUGGUAGGCAUUUCGGCAGAGAUCAUGGGCGCGCUGGCGUCGGCGAAGAUCAACAUCUUCAUGGUCAGCCAGGGUGCGAGUGAGAUUAACGUGUCGCUCGUCGUCCGCGCCGAAGACGCGGUCAUCGCACUCAACGUUAUCCACAGCAAAGUCCUCCGGAUCCCGACGCAUUGGGAGCAAGAGAACAACUUCAUCAAAGGUGCGGAGGCCCGCCGCAGCGACGUUGUCGCCCGAGACCCCCUGUCGAAAUGCAUGUACCAGCCGCCGCUCACACAUACUCCCAGGUCCCUGGCUUUACUGAUGCAGCGGAGGCAUGGCCUUGCCGCGUACCGUAUCGGCGGACCGGGGUUCUUGGAUGAUGGGGCCUAUGGCCAUAUUGGGAGGUGGGUGAGGAGGAGGAGGCAGGCGUAG